AUGUCGUCUGGUGGUGAAACGACGGAGGACUCAUCAUCAACUCAAGUAACGCAUCUUACGCACUCGCCCGGUACUCAGCCUGAUUAUGUGUAUGAUUCGUCCAUGGCUUGGUGGAGAGCUGGAAUACGAAGAUUUCUCGUUCAAAACUUGAAGGCCGAGAGCAGGUGGAUUGCUGCUAUGCAGAAAUGCAUACGGAAUCCAUGGCUCGAUACCUAUUUUGUCUACACGUCAUCAUUGGGGACCCACACGUUCUUCAUGACGAUUCUACCUGCUUUGUUUUUCUUUGGGUAUGCUAAAACAGGAAGAGGGAUCGUAAACGUGUUAGCCUUGGGAGUGUAUUUCUCCUCUCUUGUCAAAGACCUCAUAUGUUCGCCGCGACCUUUUGCACCGCCGGUGACUCGAUUAGUGAUGGGAAGCCAUCACCUCGAAUACGGUUUCCCAUCAACGCAUACAACCAAUAGCAUAUCUAUGGCAUUGUAUCUCUACACGAUCCUUCGACAAUACAGACCAUCGCUGGCGGCCAACACAGAUUUCACAGUCGUAUCCCCUAUUACAUAUAGCCUCACAUGCGGUAUCUUAAUCAUCUACGCAGUCAGCAUCGUUUUCGGGCGACUUUAUUGUGCGAUGCACAGUUUUUCCGACUGUAUCAUGGGUGUUGCGCUUGGUACAGCCAUCUGGGCCGCUCAAGUCGUGUUUGGAGACGUAUUUGAUGACUGGUUGAUGACGAAGAGCUGGAUAGUUCCCUUCGUCAUCAUUUCUUUGGGACUCUUUAUGGUUCAUCAGCAUGCUGAGCCAGUAGACGACUGUCCCUGUUUCGAAGACGCCAUUGCGUUCAUAGCGGUCGUUAUUGGCGUCAGCAUAGGCCACUGGCACGAAGAGACGUACUCCCUCUCUGCCACCUCCGGAUUCUUCAAAUCACGAACACCAGGGUGGGAUACGCCCUUCUCACUCAGUUCGCUGGGAUUUUAUGUCUGGUUGUCGUUCGCUUCGUUGAAGAUGAUCGUGGGUGUGAUGAUCAUCUUUGGAUGGAGGAUAUUAGCCAAGUGGGUUAUGCAUACCGUGUUGCCGCCUUUGUUUAGGCUGUUGGCGACGCUCGUGGAGUUGCCUCGGAGGAGGUUUUAUACGCCUGCUACGGAUUACAAAGGGAGCGUGCCGGAAGAAGGGGUUGGAUUGUUUUACCCCAUUCCGAGUGUGAUCGAUAUACCGGGGAUGAUUCAUGGGGACGGGGUGGAGGUUGUGGCGACUGGGGCGAAUUUGUUGCCUAGGUAUUCGGAAGGUGGGAUAGCUUUAAGGGGAGGAGGUGGCGGUGGCGGUGGCGGUUCUUCUCGCUCUGGAACCGCUGCGGUUGGAAAAGGGAAUGGAGGAACGCAUACGAAUACGAAUAGUGGGGGGCAGAGAACGAUGGUACGUGAAGAGAAGGAGGAUGAGGAUAAGGUGGCAAAGAAGCAUUAUGACGCUGAUGUCCUCACAAAAGUUGUGGUGUAUGCUGGUAUAGGAUGGGGAGUUUCUGAGUUCAUCCCGGUGAUGUUUGAACUACUCGGGUGA